CUUGUUUCUAUCUGUCCUGCAGGUCUGCGGGUGUUGAGGUUGUCCGGCUGCUCCUGGGCUGCAGUGUCGGCGCUCUGCACCUCCAGCUGUCCUCUGCUGCGCUCGCUGGACGUCCAGUGGGUGGAGGGACUCAAAGACGCUCAAAUGAGAGACCUGCUGUCCCCGCCCACAGACAACAGACCAGGCCAGCUGGACAACCGCUGCAAGCUGCGUAACGUGCGGGACCUGCGCCUGGCGGGGCUGGACAUCACGGACGCGUCCCUGCGUCUCAUCUGCCGCCAGAUGGCGUCUCUGUCCUCGCUGGACCUGAGCUACUGCAACCACAUCAACGACCAGUCGGUCAACCUGCUGACGGCCGCCGGGACAACCACCAGGGACUCGCUGGUGGACAUCAACCUGUCGGUGUGUAACUGUGGUCCUCCAGUGUGUAACUGUUGUCCUCUGUGGUCCUCCAGUGUGUAA